UCUAUCAAAAUAACCUAUCUAUCCUAAUACUAGCCAUUCGGUAUCAGUAAAAUGACCAAGUAGAAUACACCGAAAAAUUGUUUUGUUUCAAGGAAUGACGUUGCUGAAUUUCUUGAGUAACGUCAAGCGUCACCAUUAAACUUCAAGCGCUUCUGCCAACAUCAGUGAGGAAAGGGUACUAAGUACCUCUGGAUUCAAAUCUGGAGUUGGCGAAGCGUUUCCAUAUUUGCCUGCAGAUAAGAAAAAAUUCCAUUGGCUGAUUGCAGGUGAUUUGCUGCCAGUUCAAGUCCCUUAUUAUUUUCUUGACUCUAUACAUUUGCAACUUGAGACCGGAAGGCAGCAAGAUUCAAGAGGCAACUCAUCCGAUCAUAACAAAUUGAAUUUGCAGCUGUAAUGGAAAAAGGAUGUUUAUUUAUAUGAAACAAUAAUUAUCACAAUAAACUUACUCAGACUUGUAUUUUCACUAAACAAUUAAGCUUUAUUAAAUGUGGCUCUCCAUUUAAACGGUAUUCGCAAAUCUUGGGUUGGAAUUUUCCUUCUAGAGAAGCAAGUUGGUAACAGUACCUAAAUGUUUAAUGAAAUCUCUAUAAUAUUUUUAAAGUAUAAAAGUAUACAGCAUUCAUAUCCUAUAAAAGCUGUGUUUUGAACUGACGAACGAGAGCGCCCUAGAGCCGAGGAACAACUCCUCGAAGAGGAGAGACAGAGGCAAGAAGAACUCGAGCAAAAGUUGUUCGAUGAAGAAAUGGACCGGUUGGCGCUAGAAGCCCUUCAAGCCGAAGAGGAACGUCUCCAAAAAUCCAUUGAGGAAACGCAGCGCCAUAAUGAGGAAGAGCGCAUCCGUUUCAUGACUUCAUCGACGAAUGAUUGUUCAUGCAGAUCCUUUGGCCACCAAGACCUAAAACUUCUGGCAAUUAGAGCCUGUUUAAUGCAAAAUACAUUUAAACUGCAAAGCCACAAUUUAAAUGAUAUAACGGAUGGAAAUCCCCAUGAUACUCAUGGUACAACUUGUCAUGCCCCUGCAGCAACUGCAGUAAUUCAACCUUCUUUUGCCACCCAAGAAAGUUCAUCCAUAGAAUGAGUACUAUUCCCAGUCCUUAUUUGUAUCAAUCACCAACAUGCCCAUGUGGGAUCAAAGAUUGUUUGGAUUUUCAAAAACAUUCCCAUUAAAAUUUCAACAACUCGCAUUUUCCUUUGGAACAAAUGAUACAGUACAAAUGUAAGGAUUUAAACAGGUUGUGAAACACGCUAUAAACACACGACAUAGUGAGUCAUUCUCUGUCAGGUGUUACCAUUUAUAGGACAAUAUUUCAAAAUUAUCACGGAAGAUAAUUCUCCAAGUCAUAAUGUAGAAAUUUAAGUUUGAAAUGUCGACGAUCGGGGCAGCAAAUGAAUGAAUGCUGUUUAGAAACCAUCGAAUCACCUAAGUUUGGUUUUCUCUGCCCCUUUUUUGUUUCAUCAGCUGUCAGUUUCCCUUGUUCCUAAACAGCAUCCCUUCAAUUACUGCCUCCAAAGUCUUUUACAUUUA